AUGAAGCUUAUUUACCUUCUAACAAUCGUGGUUGCAAUAACAAGUAGUUUUGAGCUGCAACAAAUUCAUGACGAAAUUAUAACUGAAACUCUUGUCUUUGCUGUCAAACAUAUCAAGAUCCAAGCUUAUACAACUUUUCAUAUUGGCUUCUCUUCAAAAAGUUACCAAAGUGCUUAUCAACAAGCUUCAAUUAUAAACGGUUUUUUGUUAAAAUCCGAUCAGGAUCUUGUAGUUCGGUUAGAUGAUUUUGGUGGUAAUCAAUAUGUUCCAAAUGAACGAAGGAAAUUCACCAUGUUGCUGAUUGACUCUAUUGAAAGCUUUCAAGCCAUAGAAUCAAUUUUAAAGUCCCGUCAAUAUCACACCGAUGGCAAACAUUUGAUAGUCAUUAGUCAAAGUCUUGAAAAAGACGAAACACUUGCCUUAAUUCAAAAUGUGUUCGAUAGCUUAUUUGAGAGGUUUAUUGUUAACGUUGAACUUAUUGUCAGAAAUGCAACUACGGGCUUGGUUGAUUUUUAUACAUUUUUUCCGGUAUCAUCGAGCUAUUGCUUUAAUGUUAUUCCUUCGUUGCAUAACACUUUUGACGGAAGUCAUACUUUAAAGCCGUUAAAUUUAUUUCCUCGAAAAUUUGUCAACUUUUUCGGAUGUCCGCUAGUAUUGACUACUUUUGAUUUUCCACCACACGUCUUUAUGUCGCGAGAAAAUGGUAAAGUUAAAGUACGCGGUCUUGAUAUUUCGAUCCUCAAUGGAGUUGCUUGGAAGCUGAACUUUUCUAUCCAAGUUAUUGAUACCGGAGUUCGAGGUAUCAUGUUGCCGAAUGGGACUUUGACAGGAACUUUGGCUGUGCUCAAAAACGCUGAAGCCAAUAUAACACUUGGAGGUUUUUCGUCAACAUCGAAAGCAAUGUUACAAUUUUCACCAAGUAUUGCAUUUCAUUAUACUUCAAUGGUAUUUGCAAUUCCACAACUCCGAGAAUAUUCACCACUCGAGAAACUGAUUUUACCAUUUGGUUAUGAUGUUUGGAUUGGAAUUGAAGUAAUUUUUGGAUUAACAUUUCUUGCUUCGAUUUCAUUGGAGUAUUUUAGCAAACCCUUAAGAGAUUUGGUAUUUGGAGAUACGGUAAAAAAUCCUGUAUUUGAAAUGAUUGCUGUUUAUUUGGGUCUAGCAAUAGUACGUUUUCCGAAAAAAGCACUUGCAAGAAAUGUGGUACUUCAGUGGUUGAUAGCAUCGUUGAUUUUGAGCAGUUGCUACAAAGCUAUUCUAUUUGGAAUGUUGAAAACUGGAUUUUUAAAGAAAUACCCGUCGACGAUUGAGGGAAUGUUAAAUUUGGGAUUUGUUAUUGAUGUUCCGUUGCCAUUGAUGCAGAAUCUAAGGGAUGGACCAUUGGGUGGCAAAAAAGAGUGA